AUGACUGUCGAUUGGGCCAGUUUUAAGCGCAAGUUAGCGGUGCCGAUAGACGAAGAUUCGCCGUAUGAAAACACUGUGUGGUGCAAUAAUGGACGGGAUGGACUUACAAGUAGGAUAGGUUACUGGACGGUAUCUGGCUCAUGCAUAUCAGCAUGGACUAUAGGAAGCACCCUUUUGGCAUUUGGGCUAAGUCCUCAGCAAGCAAUAGGUUGUGUUGCUGUUGGUGGGGUAUUCACUGGAAUACUCGCUGUUGCAUGCGGAUGGAUGGGUGAGCGGCAUCAUAUUGGCUUUCCAGUUGCCUCACGAUUCUCGUGGGGAAUGAGAGGGUCAUAUUUUCCCGUCAUUAUUCGAUGCUUUCUUGGUUGCAUAUGGUUUGGAAUGCAAUCUUACUGGGGAGGUCAGGCAACUAGGGUUCUCAUAGGAGCAAUUAUCCCUGGAUUUGCGCAUAUGAAGAACACAUUCCCAGAGAGCUCACACCUCCAAACCAACGACUUUAUCGGCAUGGUACUAUGGUAUCUUAUAUUUCUGCCCCUACUGCUUAUCUCUCCCGAAAGACUCCAAAUUCCAUUUGGUAUCUCAUUCAUCCUAUUCAGUUCAACAUGUAUUGGUAUCUUAAGCUGGGCAGUAAAAAGUGCCGGGGGCCCUGGAUCGAUGUUUCACCAGCCCGCAACAACAGGCUCGGUAGGAUGGGGUGUGAUGUUUGGAAUAACUGCGAUACUUGGUGCAUGGGGUUCCGCUACCCUAAGCCAAUCUGACUGGACCCGUUAUGCAAACCGGCCACUGGCACCAACAUUAUCCCAGCUUUUUGCUGUCCCCAUUACAAUCACAAUUACGGCUAUGAUUGGAAUAAUCGUAACUAGUGCCGCGAACGAUAUCCUUGGGGAAAUCAUCUGGAGUCCAAUCGAACUUCUUGCUGCUAUACAGGAACACUAUGGUUCAAGUCCGCGCUCUAGAGCCGGCGUAUUCUUUGCCUCCAUAGGCACUAUCUCGACUCAGCUAGCGAUAUCGCUUGUGCUGAACUCCGUAUCAGCAGGCAUGGAUCUAGCUGGUCUGCAGCCCAAGUAUAUCAACAUCAGGAGAGGAAGCUACGUUAUGGCCGCUAUUGGCCUUGUGUCCCAGCCGUGGCAACUUCUUGCCAAUGCGGAUAAGUUUUUGACGGUCUUAUCCGGGUUUGGGAUAUUCGUUGCUCCUUUAACGGGUAUCCAGCUAUCAGACUAUCUUGUUGUUCGACGCCAGAGGCUCAAACUCAACGACCUCUACAAAGGAGACUCGUCAUCCAUAUACUGGUACUGGCAUGGUUUUAACUGGCGUGGGUUUGUGGCCUUUACCAUCAGCAUAUGGUCUCAAAUUCCUGGGUUGGUUGCAUCAGUCAACAAAAGCCAAUCUCCAGCCAUGCAAGGUUGGAUUAGACUAUUCAACAUCACAUUCUUUGUUGGAUUGGCUAUGGGGUUCACUUGGAUGACUGUUCUGUCAUACCUCUUCCCACCACCAGGUCUGGGCGUGGAAGCACCCUUCGUGGAAGAUUACCACUCAACCCAGGAACUGAAAGCACCCCAAGAGAUUGAAGAUGUGUCACGCGGAAGCUCUCAGGCCGCGCCCACGCCUGAGACUUGUUGA